AUGCAUUUCUCAAACAUUAUCCUUUUCGCUGCUGCUGCCACUGCUUGGACUGUUCCAGAGGGCACAACCAACGGUGUCUACUCUGUGAGCGUCAAUCAUCUGGGCGAGGAAGUCCACGAAAAGAUUGCCGAGCUCAAGCACCCAGACGACAUCAAAACUCCGGUUCGAAGCGCCAAAUUCCGCCGCCAGGGCCUUUCUGGUGCAAACCAUAUCUCAUGCUUCAAUGACAAUCUCGAUCCCCAGGACACUGAUGCCGCCAACAAGAACAUCGAUGACCAAUGCGGCGCCGGUGGCGAUCUCGCCAGCGGAAAAACUCAGAAUGGACGCGAUUUUUACGGCGUCUCCGGCGAUGUUGUGGCCUAUGUUUGCAACCUCUCAGCCAGCCCUGGCACCUGCUACUCCAGUGAGCGAGUAGACUCCAGCUCCAAGAUCACCGACCAGUGCGGCAAGUACCAGUCCGGUGAAGACGUCGUGCCAGAUCGCCAACUUACCUACGGCUAUCGUACCAAGGAUGCCAAGUUCUGCACCCGUGGAACUAAUGGAAAGUAG